AUGGAGGUUCUUGGUGCUGUAGCCAGCUCCAUCGCUGUGAUCCAGGCGCUGGCGGCUGGAAAGCAUGUCGUCAGCCUGACCCGAGAAAUGCCAGAUAUCCAGAAGGAUUUCGAAUAUAUGAUGAAAGAACUGGGCCUGAUUCGAUCCAUGGUGCAAGCUGUCAGAAGCAUGUCUCCUACAGAUUUUGAGCAAGACUUGAUCGACAACGCAUGUGGUAAUCUCGAAGAAGUUACCAAGCAGCUUGAGGCAUUGCUACGAAAGUGUGCUUACGAGACCGAACAAGGCGACAAGAAAGUAUGGAAGAUAAAGAAGAGAAAAUGGCUCCUUGAUAGGAGUGAUAUCCAAAAGCUUCAACAAAGAAUAGGCCAGGCCAAAGAGACUCUGCAUUUCGCUGUCACAUCCUCGCAAACAUCGCUCAAUUCACAACUCUACACCGAAGUGCGCCAGAUGCAUACGAAGCUUUAUAUGAUGAAUAUGCAGAUAUGCUCAACCACUGAAGGUCUACAGGCGGGCCAGUCGUCAGGCCAGCCUUUCAACAGUCCAGUUCUUAGUGAUCCGCAGAUUCCAGUGCUACAAAACGAAUCAGUCCGACUACGGGCGGUAGUGCCUUUCGCUCAAACUGCGCAAACCGCAUCAUUCCUAAGCUAUGCCAGAGACGAUUCUGAAGGUGUGACGACGAAAGUUCAUGCGGCGAUUAAGCAACGGGCAGGUCUAGACGAAGCACUACGGGAGCAACCUUGGGCUAUCAACACAGUCGACGAGAGUGGGUUAUCUUCCCUUCAACUUGCAAUUCUUGAAGGCCAAGUCCCUGAUAUGGAAGUACUAAUUUCUGCGGGCGCCAACGUUGAACAACAAAUGUACGAUGGAAUGUCAGCCCUGAGGCUGGCAGCUCGUUUAGGAAAUCCCGAAGCUGUAAUGGUUUUACUCAAGGCGAAAUGCAGUGUGAACUUGGCCGAUCUAGAGAGAGAAACAGCAUUAUACUCUGCUUUGGCUGGCGGCAAUGCGGAAGUGAUACGCCUCUUGCUGAUGGCAGGUGCAUCCGCAACGCACCGUACUGCUCGGGACAUAACACCGCUGCAUCGUCUCAGCAAGUAUAUGAAAGCGGAUUUAGAUGUCAUAAAGUCAACCAUUGGCAUGCUUGCCAUGGCAGGUGCUGACCUGGAGGCAAAAGACGAUAUUGGAAAUACGCCAAUCGCAUAUGCAAUAAUAUGGAACAACGUUGGAGCUGCGAAGUGUUUGGUAGAAGCGGGCUCUUCCCUCUCCUUUUAUAGCUCCUACUCCCAAAACUUGCUACACUACGCGUCUGCUUUUGCUUCGUUGGAUAUGCUCAAAUGUCUUUGCGGAUUGGAGCCAUCUGAUAUAAGUCCCUACCAGAAAGACCACUGGGGUUUCACGCCUUGGGAUUUGUUUAUCUACCUACAUGUCGCAGACGAACGGAACCUUCAAGGGCGUUGGAACCUUGAAGGGCGUCAUGAACCAACUCCUGCUGAGCAAAUGGCCUACGUCGAGCUCUUCCAAGGUGUCAGAGAUAGAUAUUUACAGCACGAUAUCUGCAUCUUGGAACGUAUUCUCUCUGCGAUGAGAAAACAAGACGUCACUGCGGCGCGAGAAGGCCUAGCAUUGCUGAUUGGAAGAGAGACAAACUGGGGAUGUCACGAUCGCGCUUCAUGGUAUCGAGCUGUUGACAAGCGUGUACAGCAUAUGGAGUGGGAUUUGGCUAUGGAGGAUGUGGAAGACUUUCUCGUGGAUAUGAAAAAGGAACUAGACACACUUGUUUGGAAAUUUCCGUCAUUCUGGGGUGCCUACUUAUGGGGGGAAGACGAUAAGGAUUGGAUCACUGAGGAGGAAUCGGUAGAAUCUGACUGGUCAAGUGAGGGAGAUAUGACGGAAGACGAAGUUCCAGCAGCGCAGGAUCAAGAUGGGUAA